UCCAUUCUUCGUUCGUCUGUUUUGUGUCUUCAGAUUGGGUUCUUUUGAUUUACGCUUCCAUUCAUCAGUGGAAUGUGCUGUUCUAAGCGUUGGUCCUUUGGGGCUUAGCAUAACGAUUUUUUCUACAGUAAGGUUUGUCUCGGCCACGGUGACAAAGGGACGCGGCGCCUCUUCGAUUCGCUCUAGUGCUUAUAGUUGUCGUUAGGUGUGAUGUUUGAUGAAUAGCAAAAAAAAAGACUAAUUUGGAUUAAGUUUUGAAAUACGCAUGAGUUGUUUUGUUCUCCCGAAACCCCCGAACGAACCUCAAGAUUUCCCCGUCCCCCUCACACCCCGCCGCCGGCGCCCGGCGGCGACAAGAAACCUGACGUGCGGCCACAGGAUGCCCGCACUCGACGGCUGCGACAGCCGCCACGGCGGCGUCCAAGUCCCCUCCUUCCUCCCCAUCCAUCUCCCCCCACACGCCCCAACCCCGCAGCCCAGCAGCCCCUCCUCCCCGCCCCGGCCCGUCCCGCCGCUCUCCUUCCGCCACCUCUCGCCCUGCGCGCGCUGGUCCGCCUGGGUCACCGCGGCCCUCUCCGACCCCGGGUUCGCUCCCGCCCUCCGCUCCGCCGCCAUCUCCGACGCCGUCGCCGCCUCCACGGCCGCCGUCAUCCCCGACCGCCACGCCCUCUCCGCGCUCCUCUCCCUCUGGCAUCCGGGCUCCCACAUCUUCCGCCUCGCCGCCGGGCCCGCCACCUUCUCGCUCGAGGACGCGCUCCUCCUCGCCGGCCUGCCCCCCUCCGGCGCCCCCUUGGACCGGCCCCUCACUCCCGCCGAGGAGGACCUCCGCAUCCGUCUGGUGGUGGAGAAGGAGAAGAUCAGGGAGCUCCACCCGUGCGCCCGUAAAGCCCGGCGGGUGUCCGCGGAGCUCUGGCUCGAGUGGUUCGACAGCAGAAUCCGGCCCGGGGAGGACGACGAGCUGCGCCACCUCGGGUUCCUCGCCUACUGGCUGGCCUUCUUUGUCACCCCACGCCUACGGCGCAAGGGCUGGGAGCUACCGGAGUGCCUCUUUGCACUCGCCGCCCGGCUUUGUCUUGGCGAGCGCAUUGCCCUCGGCCCGGCGUUGGUGGCUAAUCUCUAUGCGGAGAUGGACAGGAUUGUUACUUCCGGGGUGGCGGGUGGCCGCGAGGACGUUUGGGCGCCGCUCUGGCUGCUGCAGGCGUGGAUGUGGGAGCGCUACGACCGCCUGCGGCCGCCAGAGCUGAGAGCACCAGAGUUCCCUGUCUCGAAUGUCCGCGUGCUCUUUUGGGCUCGGAGGAGGAGGAAGACCACACAUGAGGAGUCUUUACGGGUUUUGCAGAAAGAGGAUAAUUGCUUCGAGUGGAGGCCUUACCUGCACAACUCUCUCAACUGGACUGAACCUGAGUGGUUCAGCAAGGAAACCGUCUUGGUGAGCUCUAGAGGUAAGCAUAAGCCCGAGUGGUUGGAGGAUUACCUUGCAAUUAUAAGGCAAGCGGCGUUGACUGGAUUGUGCGGUGAUGGCAUGUAUAACUCGACAAUGUACAAUCCCCACAUUGUCGCAAGGCAGCUCGGUUAUGAUCAGGACGUUCCUUUUCCUAUUGUCCAUGGGUUUGACUCCAAGGGAAUCGAGGUGUGGAUACCUGGUAUCUGCAGACGCGGGGUGGCCAGCAAGGAAUAUCUUGCAUGGUUGAAUGGGCACUUUGUGGGGCACCAGGAUGCUGAGCAAUAUGGUAGGUCAGAAAUUGCACACCAGGAAAACAGUGCUAGUUCAUCUCCACCGAAUUCACCUAACAGAAAUGUUGCAGAUACGGCAGGUGAUAAAUGUAGAGAAAGUACCAUGCCAGAUAGCAGAAAAUGCAGCGUAGAAGAUCUGCUACCUGAGGAGAACGAAACGGAGGUGGUUGUCCUAGACCUUAGUUCAAGUGAUACAGACUGCAGUGCAACUGCGGUGAAAGGAAAAAUUGAGAAGAAGAAAAGGUUAGAUAAACUCUCUGGAAAUGGUGACUGGAAUAAGAGAAACAAGGUGUUUGGUGGCCAUGAAGGUCUCCAGGCAUGUGAUGAUGGGCUUGAAGGCCGGAAGUACUGUGGCCUCCAAAAAGAUCCAAAUUCUCACAUUAAUAAACGUGUUGCACAGCUUGAGAGUGACGAUGAAUGUGUUGUUCUUGAAUCACAUGGUGAGAAAUGUGAAGUAAUAAACCUCGAUGAUGAUCAGGAAGAGAGUUUCCUUGAUCCUGAAGAUCAUGAUAGGCAACUUGUCCUGGAGCUAGAAGAGUUUGUGCGCUCUGGGCUUUUCUCACAAUGGGAGGAAAGCUCUGAUGAAGAUGAAGUGGGUGGAAGAAAGCAAGAAUCACUGAAGAAUAGCAACAAUGACCCUUAUGCUGAAGCAGCCAUGAGAGAGUACCCUGUGUUCUUUGAGCUCAUUCCCCAGAGACCACAUUACAGAGGGUUGGUGAACAACGAUGACGCUCUACGAGAUCUGGCCUGCAGUGGGAUGUGGUUAUUAUUGGUUGGCUUGGCAAGGGAGGUGCUCAAGACAUCAUGUGACACUGAUGCUCUGGAAGUUGCAUAUUUGCUGAAAAAAGCUCGGGAAUUGGAACAAAAUGGGUUCAAUGUGAAGCACUUCAUUGCCCGUCUGAAGGAGCCACAGACCCGACUUAGAAGGCUUCAGAAUUCCAGGGCAAGGCUUGAGUAUGCCCGGACUAAAGCACAAGAAUCGGAAGGUGUUAAAUCACUUUCAAACCAUUUGAGUAAGCUGAAACACAAUAUACUAACAAUGGAGAGGCAUUUGGAUGGAAAUAAGCAAGAUCAUAGUGCAUCUGUGCAUAAUGAAUUGAGUGAAGGAAUCAAUCUAGCCAGCUUGGAGAAGGAAGUAGAAGCUGCAGAAAAAUACUGUCAGGCAAUGAAGGAUGAAGUGGCUGCUAUGAGACUGAGAUACACAGAUAUUUGACAGUUGGCCUGUAAAUCAUACUCACUAGAUUCACUAGACGUGCCUGGUAGUAGGCACGUCGAACUUGAGCAGAUUUCAGGUUACUGUGUUCAGGUUACAGUGGAACUUUGAAAGAUGGCGCAUUGCAAGCAGAAACCCUGUAACAUGACUUGGCUGAAUUAUGUUUCUUGUUUCGUGCACCAAGGGACCAUUGUGUUAGUGGACCUUGAACUUUAUUCCUGAUGUGGAGCUCUGUUUUGCAUGGAUCAAGUAGGCUUAUCCAUGGAAUAUAUACAUGUUACUUUUAUAGAACAGUACUGCAAUGUGCAAUUUGCUUUCAUAAUUUUCUAAUCAUGUGUCAAAUGCUUAAUUGGUCAGACCUCACCCGAGCUUGUGUCAUAUAAGCAAGGAGAGUGGUUUAACACGUAAUUAUCAGAUUGCCAGCAGCGGAUUCAUCGAACUGAAGAUAUAAAGCUUCAUGCUCUACUUCGAGGAUGCAAAGGCAAGUGUGUUACUUAUACGAAAAUAUUUACAGUUUCUUUGCUGCAAAAAUCUCUUCAAUAGGAAGGAGAGUAAGUCAAAAACACAUACAUAUAAGUCUAUACUGCAAGCGACCCAGGCUGUCCGCCCCAAUGAGGCAGUAAUGGCUGGCAGCCAUUGCUAAGACUAGGAUUCAUUUCCCUUGCCGAUUAAGGGCAUGUUUGGCAAAAAGGAGAUUAAAGUUGUAUAAAUAUCAAGAAAAUACAGAAAUUGAGUGUCAUGUCCAGUUGAAUCCCAGCAAAAAAUGUUGGCAUUGUAUACUGUUGCUUUGCGUGGGUGCUCCAAAAGAAUUUUGAAAGAAAAAUGUCUUGGAGAGAGGGGACCCGAGUUUUAGGACAUCGAGUUAAACACAACUUAUAGAGUAGAUUAAAUUAAUCACAUUUUCACUGCUAGCGAGACUAAAUCAGUUAGGGUAUCUAUGUUUAGCUGUAACCCCUUCACACAGGGUGACUGAAUCAUCGAAUUAAGGGUAAGAAAGAAUUAUAUAAUGAUUUGUCCUCUGUUUCUCCUGUACCUAUGGGGAGACACUUCCCUGCGACCAUGUUUUGCUGCCAUAGGCAAACAAGAAACUGGAGGCCCUCCUGCAGAAAUGUAGGGAAAGACUGCGUACAAUAGACCCAAAGUGGUCGGACCCUUCCCCGGACCCUGCGCAAGCGGGGGGCGGCGUGUACUGGGGACUGAGCUGGAUUUCACCACGGUCAAGGGGUGGUAUGAACCAUUUUCAGAUUGCUCACUUUCCGUUCUGCAUAAUGUCAGAUUGUUGUGGUCAUGAUCAAGUUUGACCAAAAUAUCUGUCUCAUACCUCUCAGAUCAAUAUAUAGUUUAUAAUUCUCUAGCUUAAUUUCAGACUGAAGGUGAGGGUGAGGAACAAUGCCCAAAUUAUGAGCAAUCCACCCUUCUUUUUAAUGCCAGUAAUAUGUUAUGAACCCUGAUCAUGCUUAAUAUGAAUUUCUGUGUAAGGAGAGUCACUGGAGAAUAUAGUGUCAGCAAUCAAACAUUUUGGCUCCUUUUCAUUUUAGUAUGCCCUGUCUUUGAUUACUUUAUGUAUCUCUUACGCAAGGAGUAUAACAUAUUAUCGUGUGAUAACGAUCAAUUUAUGACUGAAGUGUAAGGUUUUCAGAUCUUUGCAUCUUACUGAAGAAUAUGCUGGCUGCAAUCAAAACAUUGUGUCUGGCAGAACAAGUAACCAUCAAAACUUUGAAAUGCGAAGGAAAUCAACCUGGGGAUACUUUACCUGCAAAAUAGAUCAAAGGAUAUUAGAGGAGUAGAAGCCAAUUAUGCUUUGAAGCUUGCGGACAACCCUCCAAAGAGAUUUAAGUUGGAUGAAUACGAAGUAGCAAUGCUGGGUAAAAAGCGAGCCAGGCAAACUGUGGUAAUUAAUGAUGAGGACGCAAAGCAAGCUGGCAUAAUGACUACAUCAACACCCCAGGAGAGUCUCGUGGUGCUGGUGAAGGAGAUGCAGAAACACAAAACCAGCUGGUCAUCAGGGACCAGCGGCAAUUUGAAAUGAUGGGUUCAGAAUGAAGUGCCGGCCCGAGUGACCAAAAUGAUGAAUGCAAUGGUGUUGUCAAACAGAUGAUGGUCUGACCAGUCUCUUAUCAGAGAGCAGAUGUAACAGGACUGAGCACUGCAGAUCAGAAACGAGCCAAGAGGAGGUCUCUUUGUUUCCAAGAGACAAGCUUCAGUAACUAAUACACAGUAUCAUGACACAUCUAUUGAACCACUUCUACAGGAAGUGACAAGUGAUAAGUUCUGGCACAAUCCAGCAGCGAGACUAAUGUUCUGGGGAAACUGCAACCUCAAAGCUCCUGUACUUUCAGUCGUCUUAUUAUUCUUUUUAUGGCGUCUUUGCAGCAGCGAGACUAAUGUUCUGGGGAAACUGCAACCUCAAAGCACCUGGUAUCUAACUGGUCUUGGUUCUCUUGCAACAACACAAAGGGAGUAUGUAGCGUUGCAUGCAUUCCCCCAUCUUAAUGUGCAGAUGCAAGAUGCAAUUCUUCAGCCAAGUCCAACGGAUGAGAUGGCAACACAGCGGAGGAGGCAACAUCAAAGACGGAGGAUCCUUCCUUCCCCGUGAUGACGACGAAGGGGCGAUGAGGAAGCAACAACGAUAACUUUCCUUAGACGAAGAAGCAGCCUGAAACAACCUGAAACACUUUUGGCUAACUCAGCGUGCUCAGUCAACAUCAUUACAAUGAAACCACCUUUAGUUCUUCCCAAAACUGCCGAGGGCCACAUUGAUCCAGUUUUUGUAUAAGUUCAAGGUGUAAAUGAUCCGGUCUUAGAGUUCAGGGGAUGUUGAUCCAUCAGAAGGGUUUUAGGGAGAAAACUAUACUUUCUUGAUUUUUUUUUGAGGAACUCUAUAAUCUAUCUAUAUCUACA